CUGGGGUUGUCAGCUCGGAAAAACCUAUUUUAUUCAACGUAGCCGUGUCCCUCGAAUAGAAAGGUCCAAGGUAUUUCUAAAGGGGGUCAGUCCAAGAGCGGACUCACUGAAGUCGUGCGCCCUCCCUCCAUUUUUUUUAUGUUCAAGGGAACUGUGCUCUCCCAGCCCGAUUACGCUCGGCAGACAGUCGGGCGAGAAGACGCACAGCUCGUCCGCUCGCCUACCCAUUGACGUCACUUCAGUGUCACGUGCACAACAAGAGGCCAAUCCGAAGCGCUCUAUCGGAGUGCUCUGUUCCUAUACGAAGAUAGGAGAAAAGACAGAAAAAGGAACCGUGCCAAUAAACCUUUAAUGACCAAAUACACGGAGAAACAGCACACGUCGCCUUUGGAUUUUUUUCGUUUUUCACCUCUGAACACGGAGUAUAUUUAUGUGUGUUAAUUGAAUUGUACUAUUUGGACUGCUAUCGGCGGAUGGUUGAGGCCAUGGCCCGGACAUAUUGAAUAGCUCGUUGGGGGGGGAGCGAGACGCGCACCGUGUAGACAAUUCAAGGGGCAUUGUGUGGAUACAAACGGUGGGAUAUAUGCAUUUUCUGCGGCUAUAAACAGCAUUUUUCGUCCCGAAAAACUGCCAUAGAAGACGUUAAAUGGCGUUUCUAUGUUUAUCCUGCCGUGUCUCAUUUUCGCCCCCAUUACUCCUUCAAUAAGCGAGGUCGUGUAGCGGUAGCUCGGGUCCCCCAGCUCGAUCCGACCCUGUUCGCUUCUUGAUGUACAUUUAGGCUACCGAUUCGGGUGACGUUUUUUUUACUUCCAAUUUUUACUGAUCUUAAGCACCAUGGAUUUCAACGGCAGCGGCGGAGGAAACGAACUGCACAACAACCAGUUUUAUCAGUCGGAGGAGAACAAACCUUUGCUGGGGGAGAUGUCUGCGCCCACGGCACCGGAGGGGAAUAAUAAUAACAAGUUGGGCGCAGGGUCGUGCAAAAGAACCUUGCUUAAUUGCAGCAGUGGGAUGAGAUACAAGUUGUUACAAGAAGGAGACAUUCAGGUGUGCGUGGUCAAACAUCCUCGUACAUUUCUCAGCAAAAUCCUCACCUCCAAAUUCUUAAGGAGAUGGGAGCCCCACCACUUAACUUUGACAGAGAGCAGCCUGGCGUCGGCCACGCCCACCGGCUACAUGGAGAGCGCCCUGUCCUACAGCACCAUUGAAGACCUCCAGCUACUGGCCUGGGACAACGCCCCCAAGUACUGCGUACAGCUCAGCUUCCCUGGAGGAACUGUCCUGCUGCAGGCUUCCAACAGCUACCUGAGGGACCAGUGGUUUCACUCCCUGCAGUGGAAGAAAAAGAUCUACAAGUACCGCAAGGUGCUGAACAACCCCAGUCGGUGGGACGUGGUGCUGAAGGAGAUCCGUGCGCUGGUGGACAUGGCGCUGACCUCGCCGCUGCAGGACGAGUCCAUCCACCAGGCCCCACUACACAUCAUCUCCACCCUGCUGGCCGAGAAUACGAAACUCAGCAGUCAAGAUCAUGAAAAUAUCAUUGUGGCAAUUGCUCCUCUCCUCGAAAACAACCACCCGCCACCUGACCUGUGUGAAUUCUUCUGCAAGCACUGCCGCCAGAGGCCGCGGUCCAUGGUAGUGAUCGAGGUGUUCACCCCCGUGGUCCAGAGAAUACUCAAACACAACAUGGACUUUGGGAAGUGUCCCAGGCUGCGCCUCUUCACUCAGGAGUACAUCCUGGCUCUGAACGAGCUCAACGCUGGGAUGGAGGUGGUGAAGAAGUUUGUUCACAGCAUGCACGGGCCGACAGGACAGUGCCCGCACCCCCGUGUCCUCCCCAACCUGGUGGCCGUCUGCCUCGCCGCCAUCUACUCCUGCUACGAGGAGUUCAUCAACAGCCGGGACAACUCCCCCAGCCUGAAGGAGAUCCGGAACGGCUGCCAGCAGCAGAACGACCGCAAGCCGCCCAUGCCGCUCCGCCUGCUGCGCCCCGAGCCCCCCGCCCCGCCCCCCGCCGUCGGCCCCCUGCUCCCCCUCACCCCGCCGGCCCCCCUCCCGCCGGCCCCGCCCCCCUCCCCCGUCCAAAGCCCCGCCUCGCCGGCCCCCUCCGUCGUCAACUCCAGCGAGAUCCUGGUGGAGCUGGAGCGCAGCAACAACUCGGCCAACGCGCGGCAGAAGGCGGCGGGCCGCGGUGGCGGAGCCGGGGGCCGCGGCGGGGGCGGGGACAGCGUGCCCAGCCUCAUCGACUGCCUGCUGGUCAGCCCCGCCCUCAGCACGCUCUCCAUCCAGCUGCCGGCGCAGGCGGACCGCGUGCUGGGCUGCUUCGCCCUCAUCCUCAAGAUGCUAUCAGACUAUGACGACUGGCGGCCAGCUCUUGCCAGCCUUCUGCAGCCCAUUCCCUUUCCGAAAGAGGCCCUUGCACAUGCCAAAUUCACAAAGGAACUGAAAUAUGUCAUUCAGAGGUUUGCAGAAGACCCAAGGCAGGAGGUCCACUCCUGUCUCCUUAGCGUUCGCUCGGGGAAGGAUGGCUGGUUCCAGUUGUACAGCCCUGGAGGCGUUGCCUGUGACGACGAUGGGGAGCUGUUUGCUAGCAUGGUCCACAUUCUUAUGGGUUCCUGCUACAAGACCAAGAAGUUCCUGCUGUCUCUGGCUGAGAACAAGCUGGGCCCAUGCAUGCUGCUGGCCCUGAGAGGGAACCAGACGAUGGUGGAGAUCCUGUGUCUGAUGCUGGAGUACAACAUCAUGGAGAACAAGGACACCCAGCUGCAGAUCAUCUCCACGCUGGAGAGCACCCAGACGGGCCUGCGCAUGUAUGAGCAGCUCUGUGACCGGCAGAGAGAGCUCAAAGAGCUGCAAAGAAAAGGAGGACCCACGCGCCUGACCCUCCCCUCCAAAUCCACAGACGCCGACCUGGCCCGCCUGCUGAGCUCCGGCUCCUUCGGCAACCUGGAGAACCUCAGCCUGGCCUUCACCAACGUCACCAGUGCCUGCGCCGAGCAACUCAUCAAGCUGCCCUCGCUCAAGCAACUCAACCUGUGGUCCACCCAGUUUGGAGACUCAGGGCUGCGGCUGCUGUCAGAACACCUGGCCUGCCUCCAGGUGCUGAACCUGUGUGAAACACCUGUCACCGACGCCGGCCUCCUGGCUCUCAGCUCCAUGAAGAGCCUCUGCAGCCUGAACAUGAACAGCACCAAGCUGACCGUGGACACGUACGAGGACCUCAAGGCCAAACUGCCAAAUCUGAAGGAAGUGGACGUCCGCUACACCGAGGCUUGGUGAUCCACUAUGCUCUCACCAGUUCUAAACACACUCACACACAGUCACACACACACACGCACACGCCCACACACACACACACGCACACACAUCCGUGGAUAAACCAAUCAAGCUGUGUGGUGUCCUCCUGCCUCUUCGCCAUCACUUCAUCAUUAUCAUCAUCGGCGUCGUCGUCGUCAUCAUCAUCAUGGCCGUCGCCAGGCCACCGACACUUUGACGUCACCCUCAUAUCAUCCCUCCAGACAGCGCGUCGGUCGGAAGGGAGCUUCCGCCGCCUGCAAGGUCGACCCACAGUCGACUCCUCGCCAGGGGUAGCGGCAAUGUUGUGUUCUUUUUUUUUUUUACACAAACAAACCAAUCCCCCUGAACAUCGGUGGAGCUUGCGCCGUCCACAUCAUAAUCAGGGGACAAGGACGACCCGUCCCGGUAAGGAGUCCUACAUGGGCGCCUGAGCUCAUCCCUCCCCCUUCCCCCCCCCCUCUCCCCUUAGCCCUGCCAACACGCCACAUCACAGUCACUCACUCCUCUGAGGAAAAUGAGGAAACGCUGAAAAGGCCAUGUGUCCUCGUUCAUAUCCCCACCUGGUUACUAUUAUUCUAUGAUUAUUGUUCCGUUUAAAGGUCCUCCACACCCUUGUGGGAUGACAGCCAGAUUAAGCAAUUCACAUUCCAGUAUCUUUUUUGAUAUGGUCUCCUAUCUGUUCCAGAUGUAGCUCUCUCUCGCUCUCUCUCUCUCUCUCUCUCUCUCUCGCUCUCUCUCUCUCUCUCUCUCUCUCUCUCUCUCUCGCUCUCUCGCUCUCUUGCUCUCUCUCUCUCUCUCUCUCUCUCUCUCUCUCUCUC